ACAGUUGACAGAUAAUAAUAAACUUAAGUUUUGUUUAUGUCGGAAGUCGAAGUUGAAGUAUUAUUUUUUAAACAGUAUUUAAUAGUUAUUAAAAGAUUUGUUGAUAACAUUAGAGUUACAAAAAUGGGAAGAAAGAACAAGUCGCGUAAGAAGGACCGUUCAAAGAGUAGUUCCCAGAGCCCAGAACCCUCUCUGCCUUACUUUACUUUGAAGGCAUCUACUACUAUGACUGAAGGCUUAGAGAACAUAUUAAUUAAAGUGUGUCAAGAUGAAACUUACUAUCAUAAAUUCAUAAUUACUGGAAAAAAUCGCACUUCAAGGAGAAAUAUUUUUAAAUCACUAAUGGAUAUAGUAAACAUUGACACAUUCCAGCCUAUUAAUUUUUUUGUAUCACCGCAAUCCACUUCGUUUUUAGCGAAAUCUUGUUUAGACGUUAUUAAGAUGAUAAUUUACCAUAAGUUUAAGAUACCAGACUACAGCGAUAGAAAGAGAAUUUUAGAAUUCACUAUACUGAUCAACUUUGCGGAAGCAAAGAAGCAACCUGUUACAGAAUUCAUUGGUGCUAAUCUUUGGGAUGUAAUAAAGAAAAGGAAAACUUCUGAGUCCGUAAAUUUAAAUAACUUCUGUGAAGAUUUAGAUUUAGAUCAUUUCUACUUAUUAGAUGAUAAUAAAACGUUGUUGCUAAUACUUAGCUGGAUUGCCAAAUGGGAUCCCAAAGAAGUUAUUCUAUCGAACAAUUACAUAUCGGACUUAACACAUUUUAUUCUAUUGAGCAAAAGUGUGACAUCUUUAGACUUAAACAAUAAUUUGAUACGCGAUGUAGAAUCCUUAAAAGUAUUAGGUUUCUUCAAAAAAUUAACAGCUUUAGACUUACGUGGCAAUCCUGUAUGUGACAAUUUUGACUAUGCUUGGCAGUAUAAGCUUGAAAUACGGAAAAUUUGUCCAAACUUAACUGUGUUGGAUGGUGCGGAUGUUUACGAAAAUGUAAAUUUUGACUACAAAAAAAAUUUUGUGUGUUGCGAUGAUGCUGGGGAGCUAACGUCUGUAUUCCUCGAACAUUUCUUUACUUUAUAUGAUUCUCCCGAAAGAUAUGGUCUGUUUCCAUUAUACAACAGUCUUGCUUUGUUUUCAGUAACUGCUAGUAUUAUCCCGAAUCAGGCAAACUCAGACUCAGUAGACUUAAGACACUAUGGCUUAAACGAACCUUACGUUGUUAGUAAGGUAUCUGAAAUAAUGAAGCUUUUUGCUGAAUUUCCUAGAUCAUACCAUGAUCCAUAUCCCAUGGUUUCUGACGUAAUAUUAUUUACGAAAACCACUGCUUGUAUAAUAGUCUCUGGAAUAUUCAGGGAACUGAGACAGGUACUAUCGUUCACAAGAAGCUUCUUCUUCUGGCGUGUAGGGGAUGUAUUUCGUAUCACAAACGAACAGCUACACGUCAGUAAUGCGACAGAUUUUCAGAUGGGUUGGAGCUUUACCUUUCCUGUGGACGUGAAAUAUUUUGGUAACCCACUACCUUAUCACUACGACCAGUACGAGAAACUGGAGGAAGUACUAUGUAAAAUAACAAACAUGAAUGUGAUAUAUGCAAGAAAAUAUUUGGUGUACUGCAACUAUGACUUGAAGAGAACUCUGCAAGUGUUUUCACAGCUUCAUGUUAAUAACGAGGUACCGGCUGCAGCUUUUGAAUUCAUGAAGGAUGACGAGGUUUUAUCAAAUAAACUAAAAAUGCCGCUUAACAAGUACCUUAGAAAAAAAGUGAUGGAGGAACAACAAAAUGUUACCCCAAAAUCAACUUGGAUGACUCUCAACAGAGAACGCAUAAAAUCUUCAAACGACGCACUACCUGAAACGUUAGUAGGAAAAUCGGCAGUAGUGAAAUUGUACAGAACUCCAUAUAAUAAUCAAGCCCGUUCAAAAGUCCUGCCAACUCGUCCAAACGUAGUUGAAAUUAAAGUUUUGUCUCAUUUUGAACAAAAUCAGUUGCUUCAUACUGUACCAAAGACACAAUGGUCCAUUCAACAAGAACCAUCGGUCACAAUGCCCGUGCCUCCUAAAGAAAUUGUGAAAAAAGCACCCAGUACAGGAUUUGCUGUACCAGCUUCUAAAGCUUCUAAAGUUGAUACAGCAAAGAAUGAUCCUUUGGUUGACUUGGCAAAUCGCAUGGCUCAAUACAAAGAACUGGCCCUCAAAGCUAUCGAAGAUCUGAAAGCAAAAGAAACAUCGGCAAACCCUAUGGCUUCAAAUCCAAUGAUUGGUUCCGCUUCCAAUUUGCAACAAGUAUCUAAAGUAGGGUUACAAGAUUCUGCUUCAAGGGUUGAAGAGAAUUCGCCAUCUUCGAGUAAACAAUCUAGGUAUGAAUCAACAAGUCCUAAAUCAGAUGAAAAUAAAAAGUUCUGGGAAAUGUGGAAAUCUGGUGUAUCCAAUGUGCAAAAACCAUCAGCCAGUGUAGCACCACUUGUAAAGGGUACAAUUAAUAAUGACAUCAUUCAGAAGAUGAAAGAAAACAUACAGGAAGAAAAAGCAUGCGCCGAGAAGAUAAAAUCUAAAACAUUCGAAAAAGAAAAAAGGAUAGCAUCCUUCAAAGAAAGAAAAAAUGUAUCUGCAGACGAAGUCACAAAUUCUUGUACGGAACACAGAGAGCCUAAGGAUACUGAAGUCAUACAGUCGUCUAAAGACACUGAAGUCAAACUGUCGGAAAAGGCUGAAGUGAGAACACCUUGUAAAGACACUGACAACAGAGACGAUGAAAUUAAACCGAAAACAUCUAGAAAGAGAAAAUCUACAGACUCUAGACGUAGUGAAGAGAGAGAAUCUGAAGGCGCUGGAGUAAGAAAAGAUACUGAGGUUACAAAGUCUUCUAGAUACACUGAAAAAAGAGAAUCUGAAAAGAGUCUGAAGACAGCUGACGUCAAACAAUCUCAAUCUUCUGAAUCUAAAACUACCCAGGUCAAACGAUCUCUAGCAGUUGCUAAGGAAAAAUCUAAUGCAGCUGAUGUAAAACAGUCUCAACUAGAUGAUGUAAAGAAACAGUCUCAAAAAACUAACUUUAAGGAGUCACGCGUACUGUCCGAACCAACCAAUACCGGAAAACAUGGAUCUGCUGCAGAAAAAGAAGAACAAAACGCUGCGCAGAAGACUGAAAAACGCUCGAAUAUGAGAGAUAAGCAAUUGCAUUCUGCCAAAACAACGAAGACUUCUAAAGAUUCAGGUACAUCUUCUGCAAAAGCAUCUGAUAAAUCUGAACCAAAGUUGUCCACGAAGUCAAAAACUGGCGCAGUAACUCUGGAAGAAGCAUCUAAAACAUCUGACGAUUCUCCAAACGAAAAAAUAUCUGCGGAACAUAAGAUGUCCGAGGUGGUAAUUGAUUUAACUGAAUCACCUACUAGGAAAAAAAUAUCUAGUGGAACGGAUAAAGCUACAGAAAAGUCUACAGCAGCAUGUUCUGAAAACAUAAAUACUGAAGAGAUGUCACCCAAGGUACCAAAAUCUACUACUGUAGAGUCGCUAGAUAAUUCUAAGCAUUUAAAAUUACCUGCACUGCAAAUCAAAUUGGAAGCAAUCGAUGCAGUACGGAAGAAAGAAUUUCCUCAACAAAUUGAUCUUCAACAGAAGCUUCUUGAUUUAGAGAACGAUAGACUUCGAUUGGUGCAACUUGUAAAUACAUGUAAAUCUAAAGAAAAUCUGGACACCAAAACAAACUCAACAACAUCUGAAAGUAUGGAAGUUUCUGGUGAAUCAAAAAUAUCUGUCGAAGAUGCUGUCGACCCAGCUGUCAAAAAGCUAAAAUUGUCGACGGAUACAACUACAGAUGAAUCUCCCAUCGAAAACAAAUUCAAACGUCCACAUCCAAAAUCAAAAAGCAAGAGACGCUUGAGUCCAAAGAGAGAACAAAAAGAUGAACUUAAAGAACUGGAUAGUUCUGAAAUAGAACAUAAACGAGAAUUAGUUGUGAAGUUGCAGAGAAUGACAAUAGAGGAAAUUAAGCGAAUGGUACCAUAUCAAAAUUUACCAUCCUAUUUUAUUAAAUUUGCUGAAGAAAAAAAACCAGCUCAAGAUUUCGUACCAAAACCAACGGUAUAUAGCGCGGAGGCUAAACCAAUGCUAUAUAGCGUGGAGACGGAACCAGCGGUAUAUAGCGAAAAAGCUGAACCAAGAAUGAAAAUGAAAUCACUUAAAAUUCUGCUUUCCAGAAUAUCUAUUGAAGAUAUUAAGAAAGCCUCUUUAAGACCAUCAUCUCAGCCAAAGAGCGAGGAUAAUGUAACAAAUAAAAUGACUGUAUCUACAAUAAAUCCUGUAGAAAGUAACUCACCCACACCUAAGCAAGAGAAAACCAGUAAUACUAAAAUAGAUGAUAAAGAACAAAAACAGCUAAAGUCAGCAUCUCUGAAAAUGGAGGAGGAAACCAUCGAAAUUGUCUCUGCAAUAAAUCCUGUAGAAAGUAACACAUUCACAUCUUGUCAGAUAUCUAAGCAAACGACAAGCAAUAAUACUAAAACAGAUGAUACAGAACAAAAACGGCUAAAAUCUGCGCCUACGCAACUGGAGGAGCAAACCAUCGACAUUGUCUCUGCAAUAAAUCCUGUAGCAAGUAACCCAUCCACAUCUUUCCAAAUAUCUAAACAAGAGAAAACCAGUGAUACUAAAACGGAUGAUACAGAACAAAAACUGUUAAAAUCAGCAUCUCUGAAAAUGGAGGAGGAAACCAUCGAAAUUGUCUCUGCAAUAAAUCCUGUAGAAAGUAGCACAUCCACAUCAUGUCAGAUAUCUAAGCAAAAGACAAGAAAUAAUACUAAAACAGAUGAUACAGAACAAAAACGGCUAAAAUCUGCGCCUACGCAACUGGAGGAGGAAACCAUCGACAUUGUCUCUGCAAUAAAUCCUGUAGGAAGUAACCCAUCCACAUCUUUCCAAAUAUCUAAGCAAGAGAAAACCAGUAAUACUAAAACAGAUGAUACAGAACAAAAACUGCUAAAAUCAGCACAUCCGCAAAUGGAGGAGGAAACAGAUGUCCAAAUUGUCUCUGCCAUAAAUCCUGUAGAAAGUAACCCAUCCACAUCUUGUCAAAUAUCUAAGCAAAAGACAACCAGUAAUACUAAAUCAGAUAAUACAGAACAAAAACUGCUAAAACCACUUAGCAAGAAAAAGAAGAAUAAGAAACGUAAACGACCUAAAACAUCAGGACAGCCAUCUGGAACUACGGAUUGGGAUGUUACUUCUAUAGUUAAUCCCGUAAACAAACUUAGCUCAAAAUUUAAAAUACCCAAGUUAUCUGAAAAAAUUGCUAAUUUGAGUUCUGAUAAAAAAACUCAAGCUAAAAAGAAUAAAAAAUACGAAGAUAAAGAAACUAGGCCUUUUUGGCAGAACUAUAGUGAUGACGGUUUAAGUUAUAGAAAUGCUCAACGUAUAGCAGCUAAUAAAUCGAAACGAAAAGAUGAGAGUUGUAGGGCCACUUCUUCGAAAAGGUUAGACAAUGAGGAAAUCUUGAAUAAAAAUUAUGCUAAACGCGAAGAUAACAAUUUAUUGAAAAAAGGCGAUAGCAGAACACAAAUGAAAACUUCUACAGCAGAUAGCAAAAGUAGAAAACUAAUUAAAGAGGAAGAUGAUACAAUGGAAAUAGAAGACACUAAUAGUACAAAUGUUGAUCAGGUUAAAACACAAAAUAUAAAAUUUAAUCUAAUAUCAAAAUUAAAAUCUCCUACAAAAAAACAAGUUCAUGAAAGCAAGGAGGUAAUAACAGCUAUUACAGAGAUAAGCAGAGGCACGACACUACCUACUGAUGGUUUAGGUACAAUUACAGUUGAAGAUAAAAAAUCAAUAGUACCGACUGAAGUUUCUGAAAGUACUGCCCUUGAUCAGGUUAAGCCAAAAAAUAUAAAACUUAAUCUACUUUCAACAUUCUCAAAAAAACCAAUUGAAGAAACAGCAACAUACACUGAUAGUUUAGGUACAAUUAUUACAGUUGAAGAUGAAAAAUCAAUAGCGCCAGUUGAAGUUUCUGAAAGUACGGCCCUUGAUCAGGCUAAGCCAAAAAAUAUAAAACUUAAUCUACUAUCAACAUUCUCAAAAAAACCAAUUGAAGAAACAGCAGCACAUACUGAUAGUGGUUUAGCUUCAAGUAAUACAGUUGAAGCUGAAAAAUUAAAGAAUAUAGUUGAGAGUAGCAAACCACCUGAAACACAAACGGAAAAAGCAUUGCCAUCUGAAGCUAGUAAGGAUUCGACUUCCACAGCUGAUAAAUCACACAAUGAAGCUUCUAAAAUUGCUGAAAAAGAUCAUACUAAAGGAAUGGAGAUCCCAAGGAUUUCAUUUUUAAACAUGGAAGUAACCGCUUCUUCAGACGAAGAUGAUGGGGAUUUAUUUAGUUUUUUUAAAGAUUAGUCUGUAGGAGUGUAGUUUUUUACUUAUGUGAUAAUAAAAACUUGUAAUAUGGUAAUAUUAUAAAAAUAUAAUUUGUUUAAGAAAUUAUUAAAUUAGGUAAAAAGUAUAA